AUGACUAAUAAUAUGCCGAUCCUCCUCCUCUUUUCCACCUCCUCCUUCUUCCUUCUCGUUCAUCUCGUCUCGCCCCUCUCUGACACGUGCUCCUACAAUCUAUGUGGACGUGGUGAGCCGGCGGUCCAGUUCCCGUUCCGCCUGAAGCAAUAUCAACCGGACGAGCGCUGCGUGUACCCUGGGUUUGACCUCACGUGCGACGUUCAGAAUCGGACGACUCUACGUCUUCCGACUUCGGGAGAGUUCAUCGUGGAUACCAUAGAUUACAUUGACCAAGUGUUAUGGCUUAGAGACCCCGACGAUUGUCUCCCCAAGAGGCUCCAAAAUUUCAAUCCUUCGGGUUCCAACUGGACUGUUCAACGCUACACGAGCUUCACCCUCUUCAAAUGUCCAAAGGUGAGGUCGGUUCCUUCCAUGCUCCCACGGGUGGCUUGUUUGGACGGCCACGAGUACUAUGUUGUGGCCGUGGCAGUGGACGAUUUGUCGCAAGACAUGAACCUCUUGUCGCAGCUCCGGUGCGGUGAUAACUGGACCAUUCAGAUCCCGACAGUGAAUAGCACGUUUGCAUCGCCUUACUAUGCGAUCGAGUUCUCAAACACAUUCGGCCUGACCUGGGCCCGGCCUUCUUGUGGAUCGUGCGCAGCAGGCGGAGGAACCUGUUGGUUCGAGGGGAAGAACGGUUUGGAGACUAAAUGCACUUACCCGAAAUACGAUGUUAGAGCAGUUGUGGGAGCAAUGCUGGUGUUGUCCCAUGCAUUUGAGCUGCCUGAAGUGCUUGCAGAUGGAUCAAUGCCUCUUUGA